UUCUGCGCGCGUAUUGAGUUGCGCCCUGAAUAUUUCUUUGGGCAUUAUCCGCAAAAUAAUUAUGUUACAAAACUUUUUGCGUUAAACUUGUAAAACAAACGAGAAGUUUUAUUGGAAAUCUGCUUAAGUAAAUUGGGGAAAACCUAUAAAAGGCUGAAAAUUAUUAUUGAGCAACAUUGGGUGUGGAUCCUUCGCCGGUGUGGGGUCGCAGUGCGUGAAUAUUUGAGAAAACAGAUGCAAAAAUGGAUGGCAAAUACGUCCUAAUAGCCCUAGUGGUGGCUUGUACCCACGAGCUGGGCCACUCACACAUUCUCCCGCCAAGCCACGACUUCCCUAUAGCGGAGUGUGUCAGGUCACUGACUCGCCACAUGAUCAAUAUGUGUUCUUCCUAUGGUGAUUAUGCGGAUAUGUUCAUCGACAACGGAAUGCCGUUAAUCCCCCAAGAAGAAGCUACCAUCAGGCGCUGGGAACUACGCGAGAAAAUCAUCAAGGCCUGCUGUACCAGACCCUGCUCCGCCUCCGAAAUUUACGCGAUUUGUUAAAGAAUAGAAAAUACUUAGCUUUAUUAUUUAGAAAUGGAUACCAAAGAUUAAUAAAUGUGCAACACGGGUCUAUUGUUUUUUAAGUCUAGUUAUGUAGUGGUUUUUAUUUUACAUUAAAGAUUUUUUGCAAGUAAUUGUUACUGCAAGUGCAUAAAGCGAAUUUGUUUGCAAUGAACAA